GAGCAUGAUGAUUGAUGAGCGCGAGCAUGAGCUGAGCUGAAGAGACGCAUAUGCGCGGCAUAGCUGCAUAGAUUCUCUUGCGGGCUAGACGACACUGUGACAGUGACACAUUUGUUUCAGCCCACUGAAUAAAUUUUAUCUUUGCGGAAGGCUGAAGCGUUUUGCCCUGUCGGAUCGUUGUUGCUCGUUGUUUACGGAAGGCCCGGUUCCAGAGUAUUUCCGGAAUCCUGCGGAGGAAGUAAGGGUGUAGAUCUGACAGCAGCAUGGCUACGAAUGGCUGCACACACGACAGUUUGUCUCUCUCAACCAACAAAGUGAACGCCUGGACGGAAUGGGGCAAGCUGAACGAGAUCUGCGUCGGCCGCGCGGAUGGUGCCUGCUAUCCAGAGUUUGAGCCAACAUGGCAGACUCAGUUCCGGUCUAACCCGGAGCUGCGCGACGUCAUCCCAUUUCCGUUGGGACCCAGGCUCAAGUCGGUGAUCAAGAGAGCCAAUGUGCAGCUUGACGCCAUGGCAGAUAUGCUGGAAGGUGAAGGCAUUGUUGUACACCGCACUUUGCCCAUGGACUUCAGUGUACCUGUCAAAACUCCUGAUUUUGAGAGUCCAUACGGUUUCUGCAACACAUGCCCACGGGACACCAUCAUCACCCUUGGGAAUGUGGUUCUUGAGGCCACCAUGUCACGGCGCUCUCGAUACUUCGAGUACCUGGGCACACGCCACAUUGUCCAACAUCUCUUCAACAACGACAAGAAGAUGCUGUGGAAGGCAGCUCCCAAGCCAAGCAUGGCGGAUUCCAUGUACGACACCAGCUUCUGGAAUGAGCGAGACGCUCGCAAGAAGGAACGAAUGGAGAAAAGCAUCUUCCGCUAUCCGCUGAAUGACAAGGAGCCUGCGUUUGACGCGGCCGACAUGACACGCAUGGGUGCUGACGUCAUCAUUCAGCACAGUGCAGUGACAAAUAAACCAGGUCUCGAGUGGCUACGACGUGAACUCGAUGGUCACGUCAACUUCAGAACCAUCCAUUCAUCAAUGGAGGACACUCCCAUACAUAUUGACUGUACGCUGGUGCCUAUUCGUCCGCCGACGGCCGGAUCUCGGGGCAUCAUGAUGGGCUGUCCAUCACCACAACGUGUACUGGUGGAUGCCGAGAUGGAGCAGUUCAGACAGAGCGGCUUUGACAUUCUGAUGGCGCCAGAACCGACUAUGGGCAAUGACACUCUGCCAGUGAUGUGCGAGUGGGGGAAAUGGCUCAGCAUGAACCUACUCCAGAUCUCACCGAACAAGGUGAUCAUUGAGGAGAGUGAGAUAUCGCUGGCGAAAUGGUUCGAGGACCUAGGUAUGGAAGUGUUGAAGAUCCCGUACCGCGAUGUGUUUGAGUUUGGUGGCUCCAUCCACUGCUCUACCUGGGACAUCAACCGAGAUGACGAGAAGAAGAGCUACAUGAAGUGCGACAACUUUGAGCUGCCCGAGCACACUAAUGGAUACCCUGGCUACGUUUCAUGAUCAGAAUCUGAGGCACGUUCACAACUUCUCGGUGAUUUCCCAGUAAGCCACCACUCUUCUAACGUUAUUAAUGUCACUAGGAUCCAGUUUUCACAGCAUUUCUACACUUUCAAAACGUGCGGAUGUUUGCAAUAGCAAGCCUAUGGCUUGUGGCUAUUUGCUCCCAUUUGCGGCAAUAGUCGCAAGCUCUUUUUUUCUCUUUCUUUCCUAGACCAAUUGUGGUUCAUUUGUAGGCACACAUACAUUUCAACUGUGCUGCAUGUUUGCUGUGCCCUAGCAGGCUGUGUAUUUUCAAUGAUUUCACCUAAUUUCAAAUUUACAAUCAAAUCAACUGCUGAAUAUUUGAUUUCAAAUCAGUAAAAAAAAUUAAAACACACACACAACAGAGGCGAAAGGCUGUGUAGUUGUUGCUUCUUUUAAAAAAGUUUCGCGCAUUUCAGCGAUCAUCAGACGGCAGCAUUUGCCCCCCCCCCCCAAAAUCAUAUGUUUUGGUUGUGUUACUGAUUCAUCCGUUUCUAGCGCUCUGCAUUGCUUUCGCUCUGCGAACACAUUGCUUUCGCUCACAACCUUUGCUGUAAUCAUUCUCUACCCGCCUUUCACCAGGCUUGCUAACCUACAAAAUCCCAAACGUGCAGUCCUGGUCAGAGAAAUUCGACUUCAUGAAUAAAGUUACGGUGGACGCUACAUGGCACUACAUGGCACUACUAUCUAUAUUCAUGAGGUCGAAUUUCUCUUGCCAGAACUUUAGUAUGAUUUUUUGCACUACAGAAAAGUGUUCUUGUUAGUGUUAGUGUUUGCUGUUGCAUCUCUUAGGUGAGUCAUUGCUGACACUGUCAUUGCUGCUGCUUUUUCUUCACACCCUGGGCAAGACAGUCACACUGGUUGACAGUGA